AUGAACCUUGAUCACCUGAGGGAUGCAUAUAUACAGCUUGGGCAGGACCUUAGCCGACGUCAGGAAGACCAGCUUGCUACACAGUUGGCGGUUUUCCGUUCUGCCUUAGUAAAUUUUGCAUGCGACCAUGGAGAAGAGAUCAAACAUAACUCAGAAUUUCGAACUAAAUUCACUCAAAUGUGUCAACUGGUGGGAGUAGAUCCAUUAGAACUUCAGCUUCAUGCAAGUCGAGUAAAUGGAGGGUUACAAACUAAGGCCAAUGUACCUUCUUCUAUAAAGACUGCGGCAGAAGAGAACUUUCGACUUGCUCUUGCAGUGCGAGUAGUGGAAGUAUGUCAUCAAACUCGUGAACUCAAUGGUGGCCUUAUAUCCACUAAGGAACUCAUAUCUCGGCUUCAAGAGAGUGAAAUUGCAACUUCUAAACUUACCAACUCUGAUAUUACGGCAGCUUUGGCUGUUCUUGACACGUUAGGUGGAGGAUAUGAAACUCUCUCCAUAAAUGGUAAAACUUGGCUCAAGUUCACAAACAAUGUAACAAAUGAUCAUAAACGUGUAUAUGAACUCUGUGAGUUUACUGGCGGCUACGUCACCAACCGCCUAUUGCGUGAUAAUUUUGGCUGGGAUCCGGUGCGAUGUAAAACAGUUGUGGAAGAAAUGAUUAUGAAUGGGUUCCUUUGGGUCGACCAAGGAGAAACAGAAUGGCAAUAUUGGGAGCCAUCGUGGAUAUCAAGCUAA